UUACAAAUAAGAGCUGAAAAACAUCCUAGUGCAGCUUCAUUUCAAAAUAAGUUUGGUGCUUUUGGUAAUACACCAGGUUUCGGUAGUGGAUUUGGUACACAAAAUACAAAUCCAACAGGAUUUGGGCUUGCUCAAACCACCCAACCGACCCUUUUUGGGUUGAGUGGUAGAACACAGUCAACUCCUUCAAAUAUAGAAAUAUUUGGAGCUGGCAACGUAGGGCUGCAAUCCAUAUCACAUGCAUUUGGAAGUUUCUUUGGUGUAGGGUCACAAUCAACCGCAUCAAUUGGUGGAAAUCUUGGGCGACCAAUAUUGCCAGCAUCUACAA